UUCCGCGCCGCCCGUUCCCUCACACAAAGCCCAGACGCGGAGAAAAUGGCGGCGGGGGUCGAAGCGGCGACCGAGGUGGCGGCGACGGAGCCCAAGAUGGAGGAGGAGAGCGGCGCGCCCGGCGUGCCGAGCGGCAACGGGGCUCCGGGCCCCAAGGGUGAAGGGGAGCGGCCCGCCCCCACGGAGAAGCGGAAAGAGAAGAACCUGAAGCGGGGCGCCAAUCGCUUCGAGCCCUACGCCAACCCCAGCAAGAGGUACCGGGCCUUCAUCACCAACAUCCCCUUCGACGUCAAGUGGCAGUCCCUCAAGGACCUGGUCAAAGAAAAAGUUGGUGAGGUAACAUACGUGGAGCUCUUAAUGGACGCUGAAGGAAAGUCAAGGGGCUGUGCCGUCGUGGAAUUCAAAAUGGAAGAGAGCAUGAAAAAGGCCGCUGAGGUCCUGAACAAGCACAGUCUGAGCGGACGGCCGCUGAAAGUCAAAGAAGACCCUGACGGGGAACACGCCCGGAGAGCCAUGCAAAAGGUGAUGACGCCGGCCGGUGGGAUGGGGAUGGGACCCGGUGGCCCAGGAAUGCUCAGUGUGCCACCCAGUAUCCUCCACAACCCCAACAUCCCAAAUGAGAUUAUCCAUGCAUUACAGGCCGGAAGACUCGGAAGCACAGUGUUUGUAGCCAACCUGGAUUAUAAGGUCGGCUGGAAGAAAUUAAAGGAAGUCUUUAGCAUGGCCGGCGUGGUGGUCCGAGCCGACAUUCUCGAGGACAAAGAUGGGAAGAGCCGCGGCAUUGGCACUGUGACUUUUGAACAGUCCAUCGAAGCUGUGCAGGCCAUCUCUAUGUUUAAUGGCCAGCUGCUCUUUGAUCGACCCAUGCACGUGAAAAUGGACGAGCGGGCCCUGCCCAAGGGCGAUUUCUUCCCUCCAGAGCGACCCCAGCAGCUGCCCCACGGACUUGGUGGUAUUGGCAUGGGGCUGGGCCCGGGAGGGCAGCCCAUCGAUGCCAAUCAUCUGAGCAAAGGCAUUGGAAUGGGGAACAUCGGCCCUGCAGGAAUGGCAGUGGAAAGCCUAGGAUUUGGAAUAAAUAAAAUGGGAGGCAUGGAGGGGCCCUUUGGCGGCGCCAUGGAAAACAUGGGUCGAUUUGGAUCUGGGAUAAACAUGGGUAGGAUAAACGAAAUUCUAAGUAACGCACUGAAGAGAGGAGAGAUCAUUGCCAAGCAGGGAGGAGGCGGCGGAGGCGGCAUGCCGGGCAUGGAGCGCAUGGGCCCGGGCCUCGAGCGGCUGGGCGGCGCAGGCAUGGAGCGCGUGGGCUCGGAGAUGGAGCGCAUGGGCCUGGUGAUGGAGCGCAUGGGCUCCGUGGACCGCAUGGGCGCCGGCCUGGAGCGCAUGGGCCCGCUGGGCCUUGACCACAUGGCGUCCAGCCUGGAGCGCAUGGGCCAGACCAUGGAACGCAUGGGCGCGGGCGUGGAGCGCAUGGGCGGCGCCGCCGGCAUGGGCUUCGGCCUGGAGCGCGUGGGCCAGAGCCUGGAGCGUGUGGGCCCCGGCGUGGAACGCAUGGGCCCCGCCAUGGAGCGCAUGGGCCUGAGCAUGGAGCGCAUGGUGCCUGCGGGCAUGGGCGCCGGCCUGGAGCGCAUGGGCCCUGUGAUGGAGCGCAUGGGCGCCGCCGGCCUGGAGCGCAUGGGCGCCGCGGGUCUGGAGCGCAUGGGCCUGGAGCGCAUGGGCCCCGUGAUGGAGCGCAUGGCCGGCGGCCUGGAGCGCAUGGGCGCCAACAGCCUGGAGCGCAUGGGCCCUGCACUGGGCCCAGCCCUGGGCGCCGGCAUCGAGCGCAUGGGCCUGGCCAUGGGGGGCGGCGGUGCCGGCUUCGACCGCGCCCUGGAGAUGGAGCGGGGCAACUUCGGAGGCGGCUUCGCGGGUUCUUUCGGGGGCGCCGGCGGCCACGCGCCCGGGGUGGCCAGGAAGGCCUGUCAGAUCUUCGUGAGAAACCUCCCGUUCGACUUCACGUGGAAGAUGCUGAAAGACAAAUUCAACGAAUGUGGCCACGUGCUGUACGCGGACAUCAAGAUGGAGAACGGGAAGUCCAAGGGUUGCGGGGUGGUCAAGUUCGAGUCCCCCGAGGUGGCGGAGCGGGCCUGCCGCAUGAUGAACGGGCUGAAGCUGAGCGGCCGGGAGAUCGACGUGCGGAUCGACAGAAACGCCUAGACGCAGCCUCCGGAGACCGCGCCGCCUCGGGAUUUCUUGAUGAUGAUGAUGAUGAUGAUGAUUUUUGUUCUCUUCCCUUUUUUGCUCUCUCCCUCUCUCCUUUUCUUGUUGAAGGCCCCUUUGACUUUGUUGGCUGGAUGUAUAAAGAUUUUUUUAAAAAAAACUUUUCUUUUUUUUGGGGGGGACAGGGUUGGGGGGGUUGUCCGUUGAAUGAUUUUAUUAUUAUUAUUAUUAUUGGUUUUUUUUUAAUGACUCGGGGGUUCCAUUUGACCGUUUGCAUUUGGGAUUACAAUGUAUACCUUUUUUUUUUUUUGUAGUUGUGGCAUCUUGUCGAUACUGACUGUGACUUUGAUAAUAAAUACCAGUUCCUGAAAAAAGGAA